AUGGCUCACUCUAGCUGCCUUCACAUGUGUGUUCCGACUCAUUGGUGUAUUGUGGCUGUGGAGGUGCCAAGCUGGGCCUGGACAGAGCCUCUACAGCAUGUCAAAGAAUAGACGCAACGGAUCCCGUGGCCACCAGGCUCAUGGUCAUCAGAAACGCAGACCUCCAGCUGCCAAGACUCUAAGGGAACCAGCAAUCUUUGCUAAAGAUUCAGGCACUGAUUCUGAAGUCCCCCAUGAUAAGGUUACUUUAGCCCAGGCCCGGCGUGGCACGCCUGCUCACCGGCCUGUGAGGGUCUAUGCUGAUGGCAUUUUUGAUCUCUUCCACUCUGGCCAUGCCCGUGCCCUUAUGCAGGCAAAGAAUCUGUUCCCCAACACAUGCUUGAUUGUUGGAGUUUGCAGUGACCAGCUGACACUCAAGUACAAAGGCUACACAGUAAUGACCGAAGCCGAACGCUAUGAAGCUCUCAUACACUGCCGCUACGUAGACGAGGUGGUCCGUGACGCCCCGUGGACCAUUACGCCUGAGUUCCUGAAGAAACACAGGAUUGACUUUGUGGCCCACGAUGAUAUCCCAUACACUUCUGCAGGAUCAGAAGAUGUGUAUAAACAUAUCAAAGCAGCAGGAAUGUUUGUAGCCACACAAAGGACAGAAGGGAUUUCUACCUCAGACCUCAUCACGCGCAUUGUCCGCAAUUAUGAUGUCUAUGUGCGAAGAAACCUGCAAAGAGGCUACACAGCCCGGGAACUGAACGUCGGGUUUAUCAACGAGAACAAGUAUCGUCUGCAGAACCAGGUGGAUAAAAUGAAAGAGAAGGUGAGAACCGUGGAAGAGAAAUCUAAAGACUUAGUGCACCGUGUGGAAGAGAAAAGCCACGACCUCAUACUGAAAUGGGAAGAGAAAUCCCGCGAGUUUAUCGGAAACUUCCUGGAGCUCUUUGGCCCUGAUGGACCAUGGCAUAUGAUCCAGGAGCGGAGCGGCCGUGUGCUGCAGGCUCUGUCCCCGUACCAGUCGCCCCACACCUCGCCCAGCAGCAGCCCCACAAGAGGACGCUCUCGCUCACCUCCGGCUCUCUGAUUCCUACCACACCCCUGCACCUUCUUCAGCCAGCAGCAGCAAACGGGAAAAUUUCCAUCCACCAUCAUCCACAACCACACAACUCACAUACUCAAGAAGUGUAAUUCAACACACACAUUCUUACCAAACUUGUCAAAGCCUGUCUGCUGCAUUCCACAGUUUAGUUUACAGGCUGGUUGCAAACUACACUACAGUAUUUGUA